AUGGUCUGCACGAUGUACACGGUCACGAACGGCUGCGGCCACUCGGAGACGAUCAGGUACAGGAACUGCGGCGAGCACUCCGACACAGUCAGGGACAACGCCCUGUGCUUCCACGAGGCCCCGGUCGAGAAGAGGAACAAGCCCACGAGAGUGUCCAUGGGCGCGAGGUUCUGCAACAAGGGGUGCAAGGCCCUGACGGCGGGCUGGAGGUGCUGCACGUGCGGGUACAAGGAGGUGCACGGGUACUACGACCCGGUCGUGGGCGUGGUGGUGCACCAGUCGAAGGGCGGGGAUAUCCACGCGUUCUGCCUCACAUGCAGGGACGUGGACGUCAGCCUGUUCACGAAUUCGAACGAGACCAUGUCCGAGACUGUGGUCACGCGCACGAACCAGGCCACGAACAGGACCAGGACGAGGACCCCGUCCCUCACCUACACCAGCGACGAAUACGACACCGACUCCGAGGACCUGUUCUUCGACGCCAGCCCGAGGCCGAUCGAGUCUAGUGACCAAGACGAGUACCAGGACCACAACAGCUGCGCCAUCAUGGGCAAGGACCUAGACAUGAUCGCGCGCACGUUCGAGGGCACGAACAUGAGCCUCAGCCCGGUUACGACCCCGACCAAGUCCACGUACGAGGGCGAGUCGGUGUACAGGACGCGCUUCUGA